UGCGGUGUGCUUCCUCGGGAUACGCCACGUUGGUGGAUGAGGCAGAGAGCUGGCGGGACUUGGGAGGAUUUGCGGGUGUGCGAUGAUGCGACAGACGACUACUUUCGGGAAAAGCUUCGCAUGUCCAUGAAAGUGUUCAUGGAGAUCACCGAAGCCUGUGCGGCUCAAUUGCAACGACAGGUGACGUUUUACAGGGAGCAACUUCAGCCGGAGCAGAUCGUCGUGUACGCGCAUUACAGGUGGGCGACAGGAGAGUUGUACGACAACAGCACAUCAUCCUUUGGCAUGAGCAGGGCUUCCGGAGUCCGAGCCGUGCGCGAUGUGACAAUCGCUAUAUUGAGGGUGUACGGGGACAAGAUAUCGUGGCUGACGGGGGUGAGGAAACACGUCGUGCUACGGGCGUUUCUGGACAAGGGCUUUCCGAACUGCCAUGGCGCAGUUGACGGCACACACAUCUACGUGGACAAACCGGCGAGCGCGCCGAGCGAGAACUACUUCGACCGCAAGCACCGUUUCUCCGUCAUUGUGCAGGUGGUGGUGGACCUGGAUCUGCGUGUGCUUGACGUGUUCAUUGGAUAUCCGGGGAGCUGCCACGACAUUAGGGUGAUCCAGUUGUCAAGUCUGUCCAGGCGCGCGGAAGAGGGAAUGGUGUUUCGUGGGCCGCCUGUCACGCUGCUGGAAGGGGUGAGGACGAACGGAUACAUCUUGGGCGACAACGGGUAUCCUCCUUCUGAAUGGGUGGUGGUUCCAUAUGGAGGCAUCAAUCAGCAUCUAGAUGAGGAAAGGUUCGACACGAAGCAGAAGGUCACAAGAGGGGCUGUGGAGAGGGCGUUCGGGAGGUUGAAGGGGAUGUGGAGGCUCUUCCUGCGGGCGGACAGGAAAAACCUCGACACUCUACUGCAACAGUUCACGGUUGUCUGCAUUCUCCACAACAUCCUGCUCGACGCCGGUAUCGAGUUCGACGAGAAUCUAUUGUGGGAGGUCGACAAGAACGGGGUGAGGCGCUGACAGGACCUGGGGAUUCAUCAUCCCCCACAUCCAGUGACGAUGUUGACUUUGACGCACGCGGCACACGCGCUCCGUAACGCACUGGCAGAGUGAAUGAAACACAUGUGAUCCU